CCGCGGUGGAAGGCCAAGCCACGCCUACCGUUCUGUCCGGGGGGCACUUCCGCCCGCGCGAGUCCUUCCGGGGCGGAGGUCAUCAUGGCGGCGGCCAUGGCUCGGCUCGGGCUCCGGUGCGUCAAGCAGGUUCGGGUUCAGUUCUGCCCCUUCGAGAGAGACGGGCACCGCCUCAUCCUGCGCGGCGCCCACCUCACCGCCCAGGAGAUGUUCACGGCCUUCGCCUCCCACGUCCAGGCCAGGAGCGCGGAGGACGGCGCGGACAAGCCAGGCGGGCGCUGACGGCCCCGAGGACAAGCCCAUUGUAACCUGGGACCAGGACGGGGCUAGGAGGGUGAUCUCAGAAGACCUGGUCUUAGUUGUUCAUCCCUAUUCCGGUCACCGUCUGGAGGGCUCCGGAAGUGUGGGGGGUGGGGUGGGAGCGUGCCUCUCCACGACACUGCGUUUUGGACACUUCAGGACGAGGGCAGAGGGAGGGGAGGGCCGGUCUGGACGAACUUGAUUUUUUUUUUCCCCCACUUUACCGAAUUUGGCUUCUUCCACCCAUCACAUUAUCUUUUAAUGUUGCUUACAAAACAAAACACAAAAACCUGUGCUGUUUCCUAUUUUAGUAGUUUUUCCUACUCUUAAUUUGCCCACUCUGGUUUUUCUUAACCAUAAUCUGUGAGUUAAACCCUUACAUUUCUGUUUGGUUCUAACCCCAGCUUCUAUGGUACUACCAGCUUUUACCAAAUACCAACGUUCUUUGUCAAAAAUAGCAUUAUUUUACAUCAUUUCUCCCAUUCCUUUCAAAGACAGCUAAUCUGCUCAGCCACCUUUGCUGAUAAACACAGUAUUACCUUAUUCUGCCUUCUUCCUUGCCCAUCAUGUCCAAUCUUUAUAAAAAUGCUCCUCAGAUGAUCUCUCCAUUCCCAUUCAUUCUGAGUAUCACUGUUGCAGUGUCAGGACUGUCCUCUUUUAUGUAUUGGUGCUGCUAAAUUUAUCUUCCCAAAGUGCAUGACUCUGCUUAUCUCCCACCAAUGUUUCAGAAAAUGCUGGCUGAAAUAAAUUUUUAUACUGGGUUAACAUCUA